ACCAUUUAUGCUCUGAGCUCUGCCCCUGGACGGGGUGCACUGGCGGUCAUCCGUAUAUCCGGGCCCGCAUCAGACAUGGCACUGAAACACUUGAUGAUGCGAGAUGAGCUGCCACCUGCCAGAAAAGCCACCCUUACGUCGCUGACUGCACCCAACGGCGAACUGCUGGACCGCGGCUUGGUUCUGCGUUUCCAAGCGCCUCUCAGUUUCACAGGUGGCGAGGACUGCGCCGAGCUGCACCUGCAUGGCAGCCCCGCUGUGGUCCACGCUGUGCAGGAUGCGCUGCGCGAGCUCCGGCUGCGCCCCGCCGAAGCCGGGGAAUUCGCAAGGCGCGCAUUUGACGCCGGCAAGCUGGACCUCACUCAGGCACGGGCCCAGCCUCAUCAUGCCCACCUACACGCACACCAUAGCGCUUGGCUUGAUGUGGAGGGCUUAGCGGACCUGCUGGCAGCAGACACAGAGAGCCAGCGGAGACAGGCGCUGCUGCACAGCACAGCUCACCUCACCGUGGCCUUCCCGCUCCCUUCUGUUGCAGCUCGGUUAGAGGCUGUCAUUGACUUUGGGGAGGACGAGGGCAUUGCCGAGGAUGUCGCGGCAGGCGUGCUGCCGCUAGUCUGUGACCUGCGGCAGCAGCUGGAGGGCCACCUGGCAUCCGCCGCCAGCGGCGAGCUCGUCAGGACCGGGGUGCGUAUUGCCAUUGUGGGCCCACCAAAUGCCGGCAAGAGCAGCCUCCUCAAUCUGCUGGCGGGCCAGGAAGCGGCGAUUGUCUCGCCUGCACCAGGCACCACGCGAGAUGUGGUCCAGGUGCAGCUGGAGCUUGGGGGCGUCAAGGUCAUCCUCAUUGAUAGCGCCGGCCUGCGGCAGACUGACUGCCCGAUAGAAGCGGAAGGCGUGCGGCGGGCGGUGGCGGCAGCACAUCAGGCCCAUAUCGUGCUACACCUUGCAGAUGCCACCAGCGGAGCGGCAGCAGACGGAGUUGACUCGCGGGGGCAGUUGGCAGACGUGGCGCUGCCGCUGCCGGCGCAAAUCGUGCAGCUCUGGGUGAUGAACAAGGCCGACCUUGUUCCGGGGUGUCAUGAGGCAGCGGGAGCCACUGUGCCGCCUGCCCCGCACCUCUUGGUCUCCUGCAAGUCUGGCCAGGGCAUAGACCAGCUGCUGGCAUUGCUGCAACAGCACGUCAGAGCGCUGGUUGCCAGCGGCGGCGACGGUGGGAUGGCUGGAGCUUUGGUCACCCGGGCCCGGCACAAGCGAACCUCAGUGCCGCCGGAUAUACUCGUUGCCCUGCAGCACCUGGAGGUCCAGUGCGAGGAGGUGCGGGCGGCAGCGAGAGCUUUAGGCAGAGUCACCGGCGCAAUCGACACCGCAAUGGUGCUCGAUAGCUUGUUUUGUGAAUUUUGCAUAGGUAAA